AUGCGUACCGCCAUAUUGUUGUUUGUUUACGGUUUGGCCGCUGUCACAGCUGGGCCAACGAAUCCACAGAGGAUCGUUGGCGGCACCGAGACCACCAUCCAGCAAUACCCUGAAAUGGUGGCCUUGCUUUUCUCGUUCUUGGGCACCUCCUUCAGCCAGUCAUGCGGAGGUAGCAUUCUGAACAGCAGAGCCGUCCUUACCGCCGGUCACUGCGUUGUUGGUGAUCCGGCAUGGCGAUGGCGUUUACGUGUAGGAUCCUCCAUGCCCAAUAGCGGUGGCGUGGUUCACAACACGAACAGAAUCAUUAUGCAUCCCGGCUACACUACAAGUCUUGGCAACGACAUUGCGAUCAUUCAUUCUGCAAGUGCAUUUUCCUUCAACAACGCCGUUCGUCCCGCUAUCAUAGCCGGCUCAAACUACCCAUUAGCUGACAACCAAGUUGUUUGGGCUACUGGAUGGGGUUCUAUCUCUUUCCAUGGUCCCCUGUCACCUGUCUUGCGCCACGUGCAAGUUUACACAGUGAACCAAAACAUCUGUAGGCAGCGUUACUCAGAAAUCGGUCGUAGUAUCACCGACAACAUGUUGUGUUCUGGCAUUUUGGAUAUAGGCGGUCGCGACCAAUGCCAAGGCGACUCCGGUGGUCCCCUCUUCCACAACAGAAACGUUGUCGGUAUCUGCUCUUGGGGUGAGAGAUGCGCUUUACCACGAUUCCCUGGUGUCAACGUGCGUGUCACCCGAUACACAGCUUGGAUCCAAGCGAAUGCUUAA